UGGUUUAUCUCUUCAUACUCUUUAAAAAAGACAUGCCUCAUUCGAUUUGAGCAACAAUGACAGCGAUGAUCAGCGGUGACUUUAGAGACUGUUUUAUCUUCAUCCUCCUCUGCUUCUUUUCACUCCUUUGUUAUUCUCUUUUCUUUAAGAAAUCAAAGGAGCCACGAGUUGGUUGUGAUCUGCCUCCGAGUCCUCCCUCUCUUCCAGUCAUUGGUCAUCUUCACCUUCUUCUCUUUACUCUAGUUCACAAGUCUUUACAGAAAAUCUCUUCCAACUAUGGACCUUUCCUCCACCUCCGAAUCUUUAAUACAUCCAUCAUCCUCGUCUCUUCAGCCUCUGUGGCCUAUGAGAUCUUCAGAGCUCACGACGUGAACGUCUCCUCUCGCGGUGUUCCUGCCGUCGAUGAGUCCCUCUUAUUUGGAUCAUCUGGCGUGCUCAACGCUCCUUGUGGGGAUUACUGGAAGUUCAUGAAGAAGCUGAUGGUCACAAAGCUUCUCGGACCACAGGCACAGGAGCAGUCACGAGGCAUCCGUGCGGAUGAGAUAAACCGUUUUUACGGGAAGUUGCUUGAUAAGGCGAGGAAGAAGGAGAGUGUUGACGUGGGUAAGGAAGCAAUGAAUCUUGUUAACAACAUCAUGUGUAUGAUGAGCAUGGGACGGAGAUUUUCAGAGGAGGAUGGUGAAGGGGAAAGACUUAAGGGGUUGGUUACCGAGUGGAGCGGCUUGAUAAAGAGAAUGUUCUUGGCAGUCUUGUUCCGUAGACAGCUGGAGAAGAUCGGAAUCUCACUAUUCAAGAAUGAAAUAAUGAGGGUUUCAAACAGAUGUGAUGAGAUGCUAGAAAGGGUUCUAGUGGGACACAAAGAGGAACCAGACAAGGAUCAAGGAAAAGAUAUGAUGGAUGUGUUGUUGGCAGCUUAUGAAGACAAAAAAGCUGAGUACAAGAUCACUAUGAACCACAUCAAGGCGUUUUUUGUGGAGCUUUUGUUUGGAGCCAUUGACACCUCUUCAACAACAAUACUGUGGGCAAUGGCUGAGAUCAUCAACAACCCCAACGUCCUUGAAAAACUGAGAAAAGAACUCGAUUCCAUUGUAGGGAAAACAAGGUUGAUUCAAGAAACAGAUAUACCAAACCUCCCUUAUUUGCAAGCCGUGGUCAAGGAAACACUAAGGUUGCACCCGCCUGGGCCUCUCUUGCCAAGAGAAUUUCAAAAAGAGUGUGAGAUCGGAGGGUUCUACAUUCCGGAGAAGACAAGACUUGUAGUUAAUGUUUAUGAUAUAAUGAGAGAUCCUGAUCUUUGGGUUGAUCCUCUUAAAUUUAUGCCAGAGAGGUUUCUAGCUUCUUCAAAAUCAGGCCAAGAAGAUGAGAGAAAAGAGAAAGUACUAAAGUACCUUCCUUUUGGUAGCGGAAGGAGAGGAUGCCCUGGCUCAGCUCUAGGUUAUAUCGUAGUGGGAACCGCAAUAGGAGUGAUAGUGCAUGGCUUUGAAUGGAGAAUUGAUGGAGAUAAAGUCAAUAUGGAAGAGGUAAUGGAAGGGGUCAUCCUAACCAUGGCUCAUCCUCUUAAGUUCACUCCCGUUACUCGAUAUGUACCCUUGCCUUAGAAAUGAAACUGAAUCCCAUAUAUAAUUAGGGUCUAGCAGAUCCUUAAUUGUAAUAAAGUGAGCUUGUUGUUUUUUGUUCAUGUUCAUGUUCUAUAUGAAAAUGGAUGGAAACAUCCAAAACACAUAAUUCUCACAAAAAUAAAU